CUCUGCACUAUCACAUGAAUCUAGACUGAACGGUGGAUGAGAAAAAAGUUUGGAAGUCUCGCUGAAAUCACCUUUUCUGAAUUGGUUUCAAGUACAUGUUUAUUUCUUUUACUCUACAGAGAUUUCGGUUGAACGUUUGCAUCGAGAAAUCAGCGCCUGCCAGUGUGUAUGUCUUUCCGAGGCUCUUAAUUAUCCGACUUAUUUUUCUCCUGCAGGAAUACGCAGGGAGAGGGAGAGGGGGCGGUCUGGCUGCUUGAAGAUUUAUUUCGACACUAAACUUUGGCAACAUGGACGCGCACCGCGGCGCGCCUCCGGCCGGGCAGCAAAUCGUGCACGUGCGCGGGGACUCGCUGACGGAGCUGGAGGCCCUCUUCAACGCGGUGACCAACCCGAGCAAGGCUGCCAGGCAGCAGUCUCUGCCCAUGAGGAUGAGGAAACUACCGGACUCAUUUUUCAGGCAGCCCGAGCCUCGGGGCCACUCCAGACAAGCCAGUUCGGAUGGAGGCGUGUGCGGCUCCCUCACUCCUCAUCAUGUCCGCGCCCAUUCCUCCCCUGCCUCUCUCCCAGUUAACUCCCUCUCCACUCAAGCAGCAGAUGUAUCAGCAACACCUAUCAUACCCGAUGAUGUGCCACUCCCCCCUGGCUGGGAAAUGGCCAAAACACCCACUGGCCAGCGUUACUUCCUCAAUCAUCGGGAUAAAACAACCACUUGGCACGACCCCCGUCUUUCGCAGCUUCAGUCGGCUGUGCCACAGCAUCCUAUCUCUGGUGCCCCUGUCCAUGCCCACUCUCUCAGCAACUCAGCACCCACUACACAACCACAAAACAUCAACCCAGAGACAGGUCCACUGCCUGAAGGCUGGGAGCAGGCUGUGACUGCAGAUGGAGAGGUGUACUACAUCGAUCACAUAAAUAAGACCACCACAUGGGUCGACCCGCGUCUAGCUCAGAAGAUGAACACCGGCAUCCUUGGCUUGGCAAUGCAGCAAAGACAGGAAAAGGAAAGGCUCAGAAGAUGCAAGCAAGGCAUGCCUCAGCAAAUCCCGCCACAGGAGGCAGGAGAAAGGAACCAGAUGCUCGGAGGAAUGGACCAUGACAGGAGCGCACAGACACUCGUCCCAACUCUUGACGUCAGGAUCAGGGCUUCAAACCAUGAAACUGCACUUAAUGGUGCUCACUCUCGUAAUGAAAGCACUGACAGCGGCCUGAGCGUCAGCAGUCUACCCCGCACAUCAGACCACAUGUUAAACUCUGUGGAUCACAUGGACACAGGUGACUCUGGAGAGCCCCCAUUGAUGAACUUGCAGGAGUCGAUGCCUGUGCUCCCGAUGUCUGAGGGCGAUGAGCUAAUGCCCAGUAUCCCAGAGGGACUGGGUUCUGACCUCCUGAUGGACAUGGAGACUGUUCUCUCUGGGUCGCAUAUGGACAGAGACAGCCUGCUCACCUGGCUAUAGACACACAACCACGCCUCUUGUAAAAUAUGGUUUGACAUCACAUGUUCACAACAUGACUGACAAUUCUGAAGGAUUUUUGGCUUCAAAAGUGGUACAUAACACUGCUAAAAAAAAUAUAUGCUACACACACACUGAAGAACAGAAAAACGGGCCUCUCACAGAAGGUGGUAAGCCACUAAUAUUUUUCUCUUUUUGUACCUGUGUUUACGGAAAUGCUAAUUUUAGAGAACAUUUUAUAGUUUGUAGAGGUGGAUCAAGAACAGUUAAAAUAACAAAGAUGAGAUUGACGAUAUUGAACAAAAUUGUCCAAAAGACUUUCCCCUUGCUGACACAGUACCAGUUCAAAGGACAUGGUUGAAUUCUUGUUGUUUUUUCAUAUUUAGAAGCAUUAAAAAUAAAUAAGGUUACUAUUUGUAUGGAUUAAAACUGGAGAGGUUGCAAGCAUUGAACUUCUUCAAAAUCCACCAAUGCAACACAGCAACAUCACGGGACAAGACACGCCUUUUGAUUUUGUUAGACCGAUUUAGCUUGUGUUGAUAGCAUUUCUUUCUUUCUUUCUAGUAAUUUUGCCCACCCCAGCAUAAAUGUCACAAAGGCAGUAUUUAUUGGUGCUUUUUUUCAUGUUGGAUUGCAUUGAGUUGUAAAAUUAUUAUAUCCACACCUUGUUUAAGAAUGAAGUCACUUGUUUGCCUUUUUACAUAUUUUUCCACUGACCCUGUUACAUAAAAUGAAAAUAAUCAACUAAUCAGACAGCAUCCCCUCAAAAUAAUUCUUCAGAUUUUCCACUGUUACAGAUACAUUCCUAAUAUUCCCAAAUGUCUGUUCAUUCACUGCCAUCAUAUUUUUUUCCCCAAGAGAAAGAUUUACAAGCAGUGACUUAGACAUGUCUUCCUUUUUAAAACAGUUUUGUGUAACUUUUGUUGAGCAAUGGCAAGAGUGGCAUCGGUGACUAAAACUAGUAAAUACAAGUUUCCUAUGAAUUAAAUCUUGAAGUGUGAGCAGUGAAGGCGGCUGCAAAACAGCCCACCAGCUGCUCAUACAACAACCUGAAAUAAUCAUCUCAGUACAGACCAGCAAAUUUACUGUCCACAGCGGAAGACAAGUUGGUGUUAGCUGAGCAUCACCUGAAUAAUACUUGUUAGUUUACAAAGUGUUACAAAGUGGACAGCCAUGCUGUUCUUGGCUCUUCUUCAACCUUGUCCACUUCAGUCUCUUUGCCUCUGGGCACUGAGCUAUUUGAACACCCAUAGUUGGUGUCUUGUGGUGCAGUGCUCCAAAGUGUUAUACACCACUUGUGGAUGAUUAUAUCAGAUCAACGCAGGUUGCAUUCAGGCCAGGCUAGUAGACUAGUAUUAUACUAUAACAGAGAUUAACCAACCAGGAGUUAAUCCCAGACUGGUUUUUAGAGUGAAAGAUCUGCGAAAUGAAAGGCGACAAGACAAACCCAAAGCCGGCCUUCUUGCUGGUGGACGAGUAAGUCAUUUUAGCUUCCUUGCUACAUCUUGAGAUAUUGCACUUGGCUGGUGUUUGGUUAUGUAGUCAGUGCAACAGUAUCAGUUACAUAGUCAUACAUGUAAUAAAAAGUACAUAAACUAUGUAAUAAAAACUACAUAAUAACUAGCAUUAUCUUUUUUUGUAAAAUAUUAUUUUCAGUUGAUGGAAAACAAAUCCAAUAAAUGAAUAAAAUGCUUGCAAUAUUACAAUAAGCUUUUCAGAAUAUCCUCUUGAAAAUAAUUUUAGGUAGGUAAUCUAUCCAUUUUUUUUGUUUUUGUUGUUGUUUUUUAAAUCUCAUCCAAAACACUGCAUACAGUGGAAAUAAAUGAAUUGUACAUGAACAUAAUGCCAAUACAAUUGCAAAUGGUAUGGACAUUUACACAUUACCUGUCUGAAACUGUAGGAACAAACACACCUAAAUUCUACAAAAUAAUAAAUUCUACAAAAAUAUAAGUAGCCUACAAAAUAAUCCUGGUCAGUGCUAAUAUGAUACUAGAUUGCUAUUAUAAUGGUGUUAUAAUUCUCUGUCUGCUUAGGUUUACUACUUUUUAAGAAAUGUUUUUCAAUGCUGCGAUGAGGACAAAUAUAGAUCUUUAUGAACAGCCAUUCAUUUAAGACCCUGCUGUGAUUCCUCAGAAGAGAAGGAUAUUAAGCGUGGAUGGUGCUUUCUCGGUUAAUUUUAUUUUAACUGCAAAAGCUAUCUGGGGCUGCAAACACCAGGCAGAGCAACAAUUCUCUCUGUUUAGUUAAACUACUAUAAUUACUAUAUGUAAUAUGUAUAUUGUAUUUUUUCUGCUGGGCUGUUUCUGAAUUGUUUUUUUGUGAAUUUAAAGCUGUUAAUCGUUUGUGAAAGCAUUUCUUCUAACCAGUUUCCUGUUUAUAUAUAUGUAUAUAUAUAUAUAUGUGUGUGUGUGUGUGUGUGUGUGUGUGUGUGUGUAAACAUAUAUAAACAUAUAAAGGUGAAUUAUUAAUUCAAAACAUCACACACAUAAUGUAACACAACCUAGCCUUAUUUGUCUUGCCAUGCUUGAAACUUAUAUAUGUUGCAAACUAUGCAAACUAUAUAUGUUGCAUAUAAUGAAUAUUAUCUUAUUUACAGGGAGCUUGGAGGCAGUCAGACUUGUUUGUAUACCUUUUUAUGCAUGUGAUUAAUUUACAUUUUCCUUUUAAUCAUUUAAAAGAAUUUCUGUUAAUAAACGUUUAAAUACACCUAAA